AAGCAAUCUUAGCUUUUCACGUUUCCGCCUUUAGAACGUCGAGUCGCAUAACCGUGUUCGAAACUAUGCUAACGAGAAUUUUGCCGCCCGAUAGAACCACUGUUUUCGCUGUCUAAAAUAGAGACAUGGAUAGAUCGCCCGAAAAAUCGGCCCUUUUAUCGACAAAAGUACAAAGUUUGGAAGCGAAGACGGCCAACCCUCGUCAACAAUUCGCCCAUGAGGCUGUAACAACAAACCCGAUCUUCCGCCAACUCAAAGCUUUUUCUUCACAAUCUACGCUGGAAAAUGGUUCCAAUUCAGCAGGCUUUCCUUCACCAGAAGUGGGCAUCGCGAGAAAUUCGGAGUUUAUCUCUCCCUUACAAGCGCAAUAUUAUCCACCAACCGUGCCGAGUGCAGGUAAGUUCUCACAGUUUUCUUCGCUUGUUCAAUUAUUUAUUGUGCCAGUUCGCGCAAAACCGUGGGCAAUCAAUGGCUUUGACGAUUUUUUCGUCAAAUAACACGUGGGAUUUAAAUUCACCCUUCGUACUAGCGUUUUUCCAGGAUAUUUCGUGCUCGUUCGUAGGGGCGAAAAUUAAGAUAUUUCUUCGGGACUGAAUCAACGUAAUCGAGUCUGAACAUUGUACCACGGUUUGGUGGUUCGACUGAUAUUAGCUGAAUUGCCAAGUAGGCACAAAUAACAUUGCCAAGUUUAGGUUUUCGGAAUCACAAAGCUAGUGGGUAUACAGUAUUUGUUAGCAACUUGCAUUUUUGCGACGAUCUGUGUGCCUUUGCUUGUCGCAAAACGAAAUGAUCAUGUGGAAUCUGGACUCAGACUAUCUGUAUUCGAUCAUGUUACGUACUUCGCAGCUAAUAGGGGUAGAGUAGUCUUGUCCGCGUGAGCUAUACGUGACUAGGUGCUGUCUUAAGUUAGAUCGGUAAAAUCGACUGUUUUAGCACCGCAAUUACGCUUUAUAGUAGCAGAUUUGUUAUCCCAGCUGAAAGGAAAAUUUUUCCUUUUGUUGUAUCGAACUAAACCGUGUGGUGUUUUUGAGGUAGAUUCGUUUUAUUUGCUAGGAAGGACAGACAAUAAUGCCAAGUCAUAGUUUUGAAAGACCCUUUCUUUCGUAUUACAGGGCUCAAAAUAUUCAAAACUUCUACAGUAGGCGCACAAGCCAUAUUCGUGUAUUUAAUAAUCCCAUCAAAAUCGGCGCUGUUUAUCAUGCGCUCGGCCGCGUCAAGUAUUUUAGUGAUAUUCAUCACGGCAUACUCUCUGUUCGUCAUUGCAUCAUCGGGAUUUUCUUAUCGUUUUCGACUUUUUUCAAGCGUAGGCGAGAAGAAAAACAAACCGAAUACUGUCAUGACAUCGCUUAGACAGCGCGCGAUCGCUAGAAAUUGUGAAGUCGAACGGUUAUCGUUGACUCUAAUACGGCGGCUAGUCUUUUUAAAUUCACUUCCUCUAGGCGUCAACGAGAAUGAGUUGAAACGAUCUUGGAAAGCAACGGAUGGCUUGAAUCUCCGUGCAGCUGAGUAGGCCAGUGUUUGCUAACAACGGGAAAAUUAUUUAGAUUUGAAGUUUUCCGACGAAGUGUAAGCAGUCGCUUUUCAAGAAUUUUGCCUUCCGCGAACAUAACAAGACGCCAACACGCGAUCUCACUAUAUUUGCGCGUGAUUAUGUCUUCGAUAUUCAGCUCUUUUACUUGAGUUGUAAUUUGCAGCAUUGUUUGUCCCUGAAAAACCUACCAGUUUACUUAUUUUAUUCUGUGUUAUACUGCUUUUAUGACUAUUUUGUCACCAACAUACUGGUGUUUGAUUUUUGGUCAAUGGUCUUCUUCAGUCAUGUUUUGUCCGUGACUUCUCCGUGAGCGCUCGUGGAGAACAGCGAGUUUUCAUUUACGUUAAAGAAGCCUCCCUGUUUCUUGAUCGAUUUGAAUCAGUUAAGUCGACAAUUCUAUGUCAAUUGCCUUUAUUCGCAGAAAAUGAGUUAAGAACUCGAUUUUCUAGUAAAUUCCAUGUUCUGUUGCGAUGUACAAUAGUUCCAACUCUGCGAACAAUAUGAGAUUAUUCCAACGCCUGUUAUCUUUCACUUUGUUAAGCUUGGAAAUGUUUCGAUUCUAGUUUAAAAGCUUAAAAGAGAAAAUAGCGCGUUGUGGAAAAUAUUAAUUGAUCGGUGCAAAAAACCGAAAAAAUAAACAGCAGGGUAUAUGUAUGCCGCGAGGGGUGAGCGGAUAAGCUCAUAAUUCUCACUGAUGGUAGAGAGCUCGUGUAUCAAAGUAAAUCUAUUUUCGCGAGCGCAGGAUGUUUCAUUGAUAUUUUUUCUACCGUCUUAAUGAUCCGCUUCUUCUUCUGCAUUGAAUCAGAAACUGUGUUCACAAUUAAACGAACUCAAACGAGCGGACUAGAAAUCGAAAAUAGGCGCUUUUUAUUUGCGUUCCAAUAAUUGUUCGUUAAUAGGUCUGUUGAAAUUUUUCGAUCAAAACGUGCCAAGUACUUCUGUUAGAAUUUUGAAAUAUAGGAACACAGCUUCUAAGGAAAGUUCUUACUGAGGGCAGAUAUUUAGCAAUACGUCGCGUAGUCAAACAUGACACGAUUUUAGUGUCUGUAAUUGAAAACCUGGGCAUAUUCAAUUUAGCCCUAUAACCAUAACAAAUACCAGACGUUGUAGAGUUGACAUCCGGCAGCAUUCGUUCGCGGCUGAUCAACCUUUGUCUAGGAAAAAAAAUUUUCUGAGUAAUUCUGAAAGAAGGAAGGAAAACUGGCCAUAAUGGCUUUGUGUCUAUUUGGGAGCCGAGUGGGAGAGGCUAAGAAAACAAAGAGAACGAGUUGUUGCGAGUCGUACGUAACUGCGAUGCAAAGAUGGUUCUGACUGCCUUUGUUGAUCCCUGUCCUCCUGAUAUUGUAAUGCAUAUCAGACCCGCACGCAUGCUUGACUAGAAGCGCUUUUUGUUACGUGUUCCAAAUAUAAAUAGACUUUAUUCCUAUUGGAAUGCAAAUUUGAGCUCUCAACCAGGUUUUAAGUUUUCUUCAUCACGUUUACUUCAAUUUGAAUCGUUGUUUGUACAUACAAAAUUCCUCUUGGGUAGGCAGUUUGAAAACCUUCAGUUUCUGAAUACUCGAGAGCGCUUUGAACUCUAGACAUUUUCAAACAUGAUAACGAUUUCGCUUGAAUUCGCUGAUAAGACAAUAUGUAGCUGAAAGGGGUGGUUACGUCACCUUUAGUAGCGUCGUUUUGAGAUUUCUCUUAAAUUUGCGAGUUUCUUUACUUUUCACGUGCUAAACCCACGCUUUACAUUAGGAUUUAUGCAGCGUGGUGUUUCAUAAUGCAUGAUGUGUUAUUAAUCGUAUAUAAACCACUGUCCAUGAGGAAAAUCGUUAUCUUAUACCACUCUCAAGACAAAAAUAACUGAAUCAGUUUACUUCAGUUUUAAACAAGAUUCUUUUGUUGCGCGAGAUAGUUUGGAAGCCAUUUGUGUAGUUGCAGAAAGUGAAAAAUAACAAAACACUUUACAGUGAAACUUUUUCAGCAUAGCGUUUGUUUCACUCAUGCGGAACAUAACGAAAGUGAAAUGCACAUGGUUUAGGGUUCGUUUACACUUCGUUUUCUAAGCGCCGCGACGCAUCAAACUUCCGCUUAAGUGUCCAUUGAUUUAUUUAUGUACUUAAAUUUAUUUCGGUAAAUAUUUAGUGUAUAGUUGUUGCUAAGAAGUGAGCAACUAUAUUUAAAAGUGUUAAUUUUGAAAAACUAAUUGACUCUUUGAAGGAAAGGUGUUUCAUUUUCUUCAAAUGAAGAGAUGAAUCCGCCUGUUGGUGUGUUUCAAUCAGUUAGUAUUUUUUCUGUGUUUCAGUUUCCUUCUUCAAUUUAAAUUCAGUCCGGAUCAGUAUUAGAUUAUGUCCUGGUGGUUUACAAAUGUUGAGUUAAUUUCCUUUCAGGAGCAAUCAUUUCCACGAAAAAAAAAAGUUUUCUAAAAUGCUUAUUCGGAUUUGCAAGGCAACUUUCAUCGCUGCAAUUAAUAACGAUGAACAUUUUCCAAUUGUUCAGUAAUUCGUUAGUUUUUGUCGUGUGAUGGAAAUUUUGUCAGUCAAAAGUACUUUGAAUUUUAGUUUUCACUUUCAUCGUGUCGCAUCCAUGUUUUAGGACCGAAAUAACCUGUUUCUACUGUCUUCCGGUUCCAGAAUCUGACAUUUUCGUGGCAAUGUGGGGAAACAAUGCGAAAUCGAAAGAAAGAUGUCCUAACGUCUCCUUUAUCAACAUUUGCUUGAAUUGUUUUUUUUUUUUUUUCACUUUGACGAGUUUUGUUAAUUAAACAUUUUUUUAACGUAGCAGAAGUUUAGAGUUUUCAGAUUCGGUAAUCCUCCUUUGUCAAAUAACUAACGAAUCUUUUUUUUUUUUUGCGUAUCUGUUUUUAUAUCCGACAGAAGUGUAUUUGUAUGCGUAAAAAAGGAAAAACAUUGCUGUUUCCGUUGCAUAUCAGAUAUUUGCAUCUAACCAGGAAAAUUUUCACACUUCUUUAAAAUUUUGAUGUCGCAGCUCCGAUAUCGCAGCUUUGAAUAUGCACAGUACAAGAAAUGUUCGGGAUGUUUGUUAUUCUUUUGUCUACAUAGGAUGCAAACGCAAACAAAUUUAACUGACUCAAACUCCAUUCGAUCUUCCAAAAGGCAGAGAGAAAAGUAAAUUAGGGCUUACGAAAUAAACAAAUGCUUGAUCAUGACGGGUAAAGGUCCGAACUUUUUUCGAGGAACUUUUAAUAGCUGGUUUCAUUAGGUGUUAAUCGAGAAGAAAGUAUUUUCUAUUUUUCUCGCCGACUUUUGUGAUCUAUUGACAACAAACUACAGGUACCUCGGCGCCAAUUACGUCGAAAAUGUGUUCAAUUUACAUGCAAAAGAUGAUCGAUGUUUUUUUUUUCUGAAGCAUCGCGUGCUUUUGUGACCGCUUGUAUGUUUUCCCCGCGAGAGAGAGCGUUCUGAUAUUUCAAGUAUUCCUCAAAAAAGGUCGCAAAUAUUGCGCGACUGCCAAAAAUUUCGAACGUGCGAAUCUUGUUUACAAUCCACAAUGGAGCAAAGAGUACCACUGCGAUCGAUUUGAAUAAGAGAAGAGAUUACCAUAAUAAUUGUCAAACAACCUUAGUUCGCCCCCGCUUCGUACACGUUUCACACUUUUUCACACAGUUUAUUUUCGAAAUAUUUCUGUGCAUAACACAAGCGGGUCUUUUGUGCGUUUUUUCGUAAGAGAAAUUGUCUCCGAUGUGACCGUAAAUCGCCGAAUUUUGGCAAUAUAAGCUCUUAUGUUUCUCUGAGAACGUCUUUCAAGGCAUAACGUACCAAGCAACACUGUCUCGACACAAAAGUUCAAGCACUUAAGAUUGCAAGUUUCGACGCGCGGUAUAAACGUUGAACUGAAAAGGUAUGUUUCUCGCAGUUGUUUUGGUAACAGCGAAAUCACUUUCGUGAAUAGCCUUUUCAAGAAACAUUCCGACCCAUUUGCGAAAGGAGUUGGUGAAUCAAUAAUUUUCAAUGUACAGUUUCUCGAAGAAAGGUAGAGGUCUUAACGAGGAAACGCUGGCGCGGAAGUUUGUAGAUGUAUUUAAGGAGAACUGCUUAUUUUCCCACAGUUAAGAUUUUUAAUUACAAAAUUGUUCACUUUUUGUACCAAGUAGAGUGACCAGAUACAAAAAUAUUGAAAUAAUAUUCAGUGUAUUAAGCCUUUAAAACCGUAAACUUCGAAUUUUGGACGGACUUUGUGGAAAGGCUGGAGAUUCUUCAGUUCACGGUAAGAUGUUGACCAAAUUUGACGCGUUCUGUCUCAUCUUGUUUAGCUCUGAAUUCGUGAAAAAGGUAUUGAAUUUCGACUUUCAUCAGCCAUAAUUGUGUUCUGUUCUGUUUUUUUUUUUUUUGUUUGAACUCGUGAUAUUGAUUUUUGCAGUUGAUCGACCUCGCAAAUUGAUUGAAUUUAUCAUUUGAAAUUUUCACUUCUUUCCGAUUUCAGUUUCCACGAUCUUAAAAGCUGUGCCGACGUUUUGUACCCGCGAGUCUACGAUAAUGUUUUAUGACAAUAGUUUUUUUUGCAGGUUCCUAAUGAUGAAUCUGAGAUUUUCCGAGUCUUUUUGGCGAGCUGCACUAAAAAUGAUUGCGUUUACUCGACUGAAAUUUUUAGCUUGUCCAAAGUCGCUUCCAGAACUGCUCUUUCGUAACUGAGACUGUUAGUCGUUGUAGUUCUGUUUGGUACGAUAUAUUAUAUUAUAUUAUGUUAUAAUCAGGUUUACCGUGAAAAAAAAGAGAGAUGAAAAAAAUAACAGCAAGGGGGACUUGAAUUACUUUGAAAAUAACUUAAAAGUUUGUUGUAAAGCAAGUCUUGCAGUGCAUUGCGGUGAAGCGCUUUUCCUUCGCAAAUUCAGAACUUUUGUUUAUUUAAAUUUCUUGUAACCUAUGGUUUCUACGUCGGUUGAUUCACGGCGAUAUUUUAACCAUCGUGGCAAAUUAAUUCGGCGAAAUAUUGUCGACUUCAUUUUGUUGUUCGAUACACAACGUGAAAGGAAACACAAAUUUAUGUUAUUGAAGAGAUAACAAAAUUAUAGAUAUUAGAAAAACAGAGGAAACUGAACGCACUUGCAAAUUGCAUAUGUGAAAAUUGCCCGGUUCACUUACUUUUAAAAUGAUAAUCUGGGAAUAUCGAGAACCUUUCGAUUAAGUGUUUUUUUUGUUGUUGUUUUUUUUUUCAGAAAUAGUGCUAUAAGGCUCAAAAUCAUGGCAAUAUAUUUAGACUGUCUGUUUGUACAUGUUUCCAAAGCAAAGUUCUGGCAAUAAAAUGUGUACAGAAUUCAGCUGGGUUCAAAAUCUGCUGCCUUGGUUAUGCCGGCGGAAACUGAUGCAAAUCCUGUUAUGGAAGCUUUCCAGAAAGCUGAAACCAACUAAAACGUUUCACUCCAAUAAUAAACCCAUCCUUAAUUGAAAAAUAAUCUUUUAAUACCGAUUUUUGUAAAAAAUGCAAACAAGGGAAAGUUCGUGAUUUUAAAUGUUAUAAUUUUUAUUUUGCUAUAUCAAAACAGUUUUUACAACGAUUUCCAUUUUAUUUCUCCCAGUAUUGAUCAUUCAAAAUGUAGGGCAAGAAGUUAGCUCCUAAAUUAAAGCCGCCCUCUUUAUUUUUUUAAGAAAAUGUAUAUAUUAUACUUUUUCCGUGAGUAUUUAGAUCAAUCUGUGACUACAAGUGUGCAAUUACCAAUAAUGAUACCAAGCUUUCUUGCUUGCAUUUCAGCGUUCACUGAAAUCAGUACUUUUCAUGUCUGAAAAGACGAAUAAAACGACCGUUAUCAUGACAGUGGUCGUAACACUCAUCAUACUCAUGUUCUCGUGAAUUUUUGUGGGUGGUACUCAAAUGUAUUUUAUGUGGGAUUGCGAGGUCUUCAAAAUCUGUGAUUGCUCAAUGAUAAGAGCUUUCCGCUUCCAUCGUUUUAUAAGUGUUCUCCUCUCUCUCAGCGGUUAUGUGGGAUGUGGAAUUGCAUUUAGCUUCUGGAUAUAACACUUGUUUUAUAGUUUAAAAUGUGUACAGGAGAUCGCGAAACAGAGCACGUUUGCUUUCUAUAUCCCCGCCGACCCUGAUAUGCUGUCGUACAGAGGUCAUUUUCCAAUCUUUUGAAAGGCGAUUAUUGAAUAUGUCCCUAAAUAGCGCAUGAUAUCUUCACAGCUUUUUUCUAGUUCUUGGUUAGAGAUAAAACCGCUUUUAGAGAUUAAUAAAAUACAGUUACCGCUCCGAAAUUAUAAACACGUAAAGAUAGAGCCUGUUUAAAUUCAAUUUGCUUUGCAUCGAAGGAUGUAAUCAAGAUGAAGACAGGACUUUCAAGCUCUUUCCCUCGCGCACAACAGAACGGUGAACAAACAGCUGACUGCAACAGAUAAUUUUGACGCGUAGGAUCGCCUGCAGCACUGUCAAAACAAUCGGUUUUGAAUAACCCAGACUGAAAUUUAACGCCACUCUUUUAAAUUUACUUCUUGCACACGUGAGGCGGAAAUUGUAGCUCUUUGCAAUGGAGAAUUUGAUCGAAGGUCUAGUGGUAUGAAUUUUCCGGCGUAACUUCGCGUGUGUUCAAACUACUCACCUAUGAUAGAGGGUCAUUCGGUUCAACCGAGAUUACAUUGUAAGGGAAUGUUCAUAUUGGCCAGUCACGGAAGAAAAAUCAUUUUCCCGUUUGAACUUACUUUUCUUAAGUUAGAUGUACUUUACUGCUGCUAUAAACGAUGAUGUAAUUUCUGCCGCAAACUGAUAAUUCCCCAGCAUUCAUGUAUCAUUGUUCAAAUAGCACUUUUCUUAGGAAGCGAGGUAACGGUUUAGAAUGCCUCUUCGCCCUGCUUCCGUAGCACCCUUUGCAUAAACAGCUGACUAUUUGAUUGAACUCAUUUUUCAAUAGUAAGGUGGGAGUUGACCUUAUCUUUGAGGUGAAGAAACUUGGGAUUUUUGCGCGUGUGGAAAGAACCGCGGUCAGGGAUAAUUCUAGAGCACUGUCACUAAGAUCGCCAACAAUGAUCUGACAUUUUUUCAUGCUGAAAAAUAGAACUUAGUGUCAUUUGUGUAAAUGAUAACUUGCUUUGAUUUUGCAAGUCUUCAGCGGUAGUUUUUCGAGGUCAAGGGAUUGCUUAACAAUUCAGCUGUUUCGCUUUUAAGUGAGGUCGAUUUAAAUCUCUUGCGUAAAUCUCGUCUUCGUUUUCGCAUUCCUUGUGGCUAGUUAUACCGAUAUGGCUCCGAGAUCAGUAAGCACGCCAAGUUAAACAGGAAACUGUUAUUGUAAAGCAUAGUACAUCUGUUGUGUCAUAGGCUAACAUUAAACGGCUCAGUAUGGACACAACUACAUUGUGUAGAUAAAACCAUGGUUUAAUAGUGAACUUAGUGGCGGAAUCUAAAUUCUCAGGAUAUUGCUUCAUAAGGCGCGAGAUUUCUUACGGUGAGACCUUUUCCUUUCAUGGGCGAUUCAGCACUGAUCGCCAUCAAUCGAGAGGUAAGCUGGAUUUUGAGUAACCGCAGGGUGUGUUUAUAAGAGUUGCGCUUGUGUGAAAUCGUUCAACCAUUUAUAAUCGAAUAAAAACGGAUAUAGAUGACACAAAGAUACAAAGAUGUUAGGGGAAGCCACAAAAUUAGAACGUGGGUUAAUAUGAAAAUUUGAUCGAUGAACCUAAUUUAAGACACAGGAAGGCCAAUUAUGGAUGACCUUCAAGUCACGUCUUGUUGUUCCUGGGAAACUUAGGCUCACUAUUUUGAAGCACUUUAUUUUCAAUACUUCAGUAUUAAUCUUCGGUGUUUUCGUGCUUUUUGGUUUCUUCCAACCAUCCUUGUGUGUCAGAACUGAACACUACCAAGUCACAGUGUUUUUUUUUAUAACCUUUGGUUAGAAACAAAACCGCAUUUAGAGAUCAGUCAAAUGCAGUUACCGUUCAGAAAUUAUGAACAUGUAAAGGUAGAGCUUGUUGAAAUUCAAUUUGCUAUGUAUCGAAGGAUGUAAUAUUAGUAAAGACAGGACUUUCAAGCUCUCUCCCUCGCAUACCGCAGAGCGGUGAGCAAACGGCUGACUGCAACAAGAAAUUUUGCAACAGAUAACUUACACUAAGAAGACGAAUUUGUAGCGCGCAGAAAAUGAUUUAUAUCGAACUGACGUUUAGGGUUAAAAUGUUUCCGGCGGAGGUCCAAAGUUUUGUGCUAAAAAUAAUCUUUUCCGCGAAGCUGAAUCAAACUACCCUAUGUUCUUAUUUCGCUCGUUAUCCCAACCGAGCUUUGUUCGUUUUACAUGAAAUGAAAGGGUCAUUUUCCACUUAUUUCGACUCCAAAAACUAGUAUUUAAAACUGGUCUUCACCUACGUCACCUUCCAGUAAAAUACAAGAACUAGCCGGCCAGUCUUGUCGGUCGGUGUUGUGAAAUAAUUCUGCAUGUUAUCAUAUCAGAACUGACUGGCCGAUCAGUCUGUUGUAAAAAAAUCAGUCAAAACUCUCAAAUUAUGUUAAUCCUGUUUUUAACUAAACCGUUUUGGCCGACCUGUUUUGGCUGAAGUUAAUUAAGCCCUCACACGCUAUGUAAGUUUUGACUCCCAGACAGUAACUUACCUAAAUAUGAUCAGAUAUUUUGACCAAAAUGUAAGUCGGAAGUCACUUUUCCUUCACCAUGAAUAGUUUGAAAUCGUCUACAGUAGAGUCCACCAAUGAUCUUAGAGUAACAACGAAAAACGACGUUUAAAAUACGGUAGUCGGGUUGAGAUGAUUCAUAAACGGUGAAAAAAUGCAAAAAUUGGGGUCACCUCUAUGUAAGUUUUGGUCGAAGCGCGUGUUUCAAUGAAGUUCAUGUGAAAGAUUACUGAUAUGGCGUUUGUAACUCUCUAUCAUUAAUAUUUAUAACACAGUCGUGCGCACUAUAAAAAAAAAAUCGGAUGAGACACUUGAACUUCGCCCUCAAGUUUUGAAAAUAAAUCAUGGAGCGGAUCGUGUCUGAAAUAUUUGGUAACCUUAAGCUAGAUUGCUCGUCUAAAAAAAAACACGUUAGCUUUGUAAUACGAGAAACAAGCUGUCAGAACCGGUAAUUUUCCAACUUCUAAUGCUUCUUUCAACCUUUCGGCCUCUUUGAGAAUGUUCUAGUCGUAGUUUACGACACUCGUAACUGGACAAAACUUCUCACAGAAGGUGCUUCAUCGAGAAAUCAUUAUUCAUUCGUCUUUGUAAAUAUUUCGCAGAAGAAAUUAAGUUCUCCACUCGUGAACAUAUAAUUUUUUUUUGGCCUCGUAAUGUAGAUACUUUUUCACCUUCACACCUCGGUUGAAACCUAACGAUCGUCUCUUUCUUUUCAAGUGGUAAUUCUGGAUUGCAUUGUUUUGUUCUACUGAUUUCUUUCGUUGAAUGGCCCGAAAAAAGAGAAAUUCGUGCUUCCCUCAGCAGCCAAGCGCGUGCCAAACUAAAAACAUUUGUUAUCUGAGCACAACUUUUCCCGUGCUAAAGACAAGUUCCACGUAGUAAUUACUUUCCUUUCUGAUUGUUUGUUUUGGUAGUAAUCGUGUUCCCUUCUUUCUUCGUGAUUAGCUGUUGAAAUCUCUGCGUGAUUUGAUUUAGGUUUAUUGACUCUUGCUUUAAAAGCACUCCAAAACUCUCACCAAGGUUUUAACGUAUGUUGAAGUUUUCUUUAGUGGACCGUCCAGCUGCAUCGUAGCAGGAAGCGACGAAGAGUAUUUCUUUUCCCCGUGGAUAGGAUGCCAGUUCAUUUCAAGUUACCCCAGUAUUUCAGCAGUCUCCCCGACAGUUGACUGCCACCCAUUUUUUACCCUUGGGUGGAGACAGGCACUGUAGAAGUAAGGUGUCUCGCCUAAUCACAGUGUGCCGGCUUCCCUCCCUCUCUUUCCCCUGAAACGCAUACCAAUAAAAUUGUAAAUGAAACCUUCGUUUAACCCUUUUCUUUUCAGCGAUCCCCAUGAGUCUUCCGUACGGGAUGCUUGCGGGACAAGGCAUGGACCCGCGGGCGCUAAGCGCGGGGAAUCUUCCCUACCCAUAUGGUAACCCCAUGAUCUACUUCCAAAACUUUGCUGGUUACGGACAAGCGCAACGGAGCAAAAACAGCGAAGAAACAUCAGGUUCUAACAAGAGCAGCAAUCCAUCGUCUCAGUUAAGGUUGGUUUUGAGAAUACCAAGUUUUUCGCUACCAGUAUUAGUUAUCACAGAGUCGGCAAUGAUCAGCAAAGAUUUUAAGAUUUACUUUAUUUCAGGUACUGGGUGUUCUGGAAAGUGGUAAUACCGACAGGUUUUUCUGUGCAGUUCUACCUUAAGAAGUAGCUUAAGAAAGCUUUUUGAUCGAGUGUCAUUAAACCAAAACCAAGGAAAUCACAACAGUUAACCUUUUAAAUCCUAAGAGUGACUAGCAUCUAAUUUCUCCCGACAAUAUCUCCCCUGAAUCACACGUUAAGGUCAUGAGAAUGAAGGAAAUGGUCACUAAAGAAAGAAGCUUUUGAUCGGUAAACAAAUUCUCCUUGUCAGCACCUUAGGAAAUGUAUAAAGAACGGUAGGGAGAAUAUGCAUUCUGAUGUUAGGGUGUAAAGGGUUAAUCUAAAGAAAGGAAAAUCUCACACAGAGCUAACGAGAGCGUAAAGUAAAAACAAACAAAUUCCAAAAGCGCGGAAAAACGCGGAUGACCAAGUCACGAUUGGGUCAUGCUUUGGAUCUGUUUUUUUUUUCGUUUAGAUCUGCUGAUACACUCGCCCGCUCUACUAAGGAACCCCUGCGAACUGAAAGUGUUAUUAAAACAGUAACAGACAAGCAGGACACUUUAAAGAAACAGAGCGAUGUAGACAAAAGAAGUUCGGCCGAAACCCAAGGUUCCAAUGUUCCUCUGAGAUAUCCCGACAGAGGAAAAGGAAGUGAAGUUAGAAAUUCGGAUGACGGAAGAACUAAAGGACCACCAUCGCGUGAUAUGUCGCUGCGUGACGCGCCAGGUAGCGAGGACGUACCCCGCCGUGACAAACAAUCGAUUGCAACCGAAUACGACCGGACACGCGAUAAAAUUUCGAAGGCGAAAGGUUUCGAACAUUUAGCAGUUGAUUCUAACGGAAAUAAGAAACCCACUAAUGGGCUGGCUUCAGCCCGUCUUGUUGAAAACGGUCCUGUUUCUUCCUCUUCGUACGAAAAAGGCUACACUUCUGAAGCGCGCUCUUCGCCUUAUCCCGCAAACGAACCGCCCACUCUUGUUCCGUAUCAUAACACUUUGCCUCCGAAAACAACUUCAAAUACGACACAUUCAAAUAUCCCAUCGACCAUGCCGAAACUCACACCUAUUGCGCCACGCAUAAGUAACGGUUCACCGCUUACCGUGGCUCAUUCAUCCGAAGCUGAACAUAAAAGUUCUUCGUAUGCAGCGUGGAGACCAAGCUAUACUCAUCUUUCGAAUUCUGUCCCGGCCAUGACGAGUCAUGGUGGUACGGUAUCUUGGACCGCAAAUUAUCCUGGGGUAAAGCAAGCCCCAGGAGAUAAGGCAGAAGAAAACAGUUGGCGUGCUAAACAACUCCCUCGGGAGGAACGUGAUCAGAAUUGGACAGGCGCUUAUGAGAAUGCUCAGAAACAUGCUGCGAGGAAUUUUUAUCCAAUGCAACCGUGGGACAGACAAUCUUAUUAUGGAACACUUCCAUCGCAGCUGCGCGCCAUGGGCGUGACAGAUAAAGGUUUUGGCGGGAAAGACGUUGAAGAAGAUUCGCGUGACGUUUCACGUGACAGUAUGACCUCAGCCGAGCAUUUGCAAUCUAAAGUUACAAAAGCCCCUUAUAAGUUCGGGUCAGGACAGUCGAGCUUACGAAAAGAAAACGAUUUUGGCGGUGGUAAGAUUCCGAUAGGCGCCAGCAACGACGAAUAUCAGAGAAGCCAGCCGUUUAUGAGUCGGAACGAGAAGUCGGUUGUGGGAGAGUACGUAAAUUACAAUAAUAAAAGUGAAGAUGGAAAAGGAAGUAACUUUGUCGUUGUGAACAGUAAGGGAGGGUCUUUCCGACUCUCCGUUGAGAGACGCGAGGGAAACCAGAAAUACCCGAAGCACGAAGUCGUUAAGACUUCGAGAAUGGAAGAAAACAGACCCUCGAGUGGUUAUUACAAUAGUCAUGAUAGCCGAGACUUGAAUGACCCAUCUUUGGUGGGGAUUCCGCGCUCGGAGCUUAAAUCAGAAAAAGAGAAGGAAGGCGUUGAUGUUGCGAGGACCGUUGAUUACACCCGCACGAAAGACCAAAGUUCUUACAAAGAACACGCAGGAAGGAAACCGGAUUCUCGCGAACUUGCGGCAGUGGGCGACGGCAAAAAGAAUAAUGAUCGUAAUAACAACAGUACAUCCAUGAGCGGGUUUCCUUUCUUCAAGUAUAGCGCCGGUCCGAACGGUGAACAAACAAGAUACGGUGAGCGUGGCGGCGGCUCUGUGCGAGAUAACAAAGUAUUUGUUCCCCCGAACGCUACGAUUGAAAUGUACGAGAAGAGGGAACAGGAAAUGGAGAAAAAUGGCUUCAGGAAAUCCGACAUUGCCUCGGCAUUUUCUAGAAACUUAGUGGAGAGUAAUCGUUUGUCGAAUCCAGCUGAGGAAGUUGUGAAAAGGACUGAGGAGAGGAGAAACAUUCCGAAGCAAGAUGAUAUGAAAUCAAAGUUGCCCACUGGGCGAUUCGAAAGCGAAAAACGGGGUGAAUCAGAGGAAAUUUCUGCGGAUAAUAGCGACGAAAGAUCGAGACAGUUGUCUAGGGAAUCAGCUUCUCCGGAUAAAAGAGCUCAGCUUCGGUUUCAGCAGUCCUCUGAUAAGGCAGUAGUGUCAUCGGCGGCUGGUGAUGUUCGACAGCGCCGGCUUUCCUCCCCCUUAUCUGAGCAGAGGAACACCACCGCGCCAUCGACCGCCUACGGAGCGUCUGUGGCGCCUGGUCCUCAAAGCAGGAUUGCUGCUAAUGGCGGCAGUGAAGGGGUUUCGCGAGAGUCCACAAUAGAAUCAGGUAUGUCAGGCCUAGGAAACCAAGCAGCCACUCAGUUCCUUAGAAUGGACGGCGGUGCUUUUCCCAACCCUUACUUUGCUUCAAUGCUGGCGGCGCCGCAAGGUAUGCCGGAAGCGCCGUUCCUGGUGCUGGAUCCAUCUAUUUACAGCGCGAUGUACCGCACACACAUGAUGGAGGCUGCCGCACCAGGAAUGUUCCCACAUGGAGCCUUAGCCGCUGACCCAGUAGCAGCAUCAUUUAUGGUUCUUCACCCAGAGAGUUACGUUCCCGUUGGUAAGUUCAAAAUUCUUACACAAUCAAAUUUGAGUAUCUUGAAACUUCUGUCUUCUGUUGUUUCGCACAGCAGUGAGUCUGAUUUUAAAAGUCAGAAUCAGGGAGAAGUUUAGUUACUUAGAGUAUUAUGACUUUUUUCUUUGGGUUUCGGCGAGAUUCUUUUGUUUAUUUGUUUGCUUUGUUUGUUUACUUUUGUUCAGUUGCAGCCGAGAACGCGGCGUUUAUGAUGGAUCCGCGAUUCCAUGGAAUGUGGCCUCCUUGGGACGAAGCCCAGUGGCAACAGUUCUGCCAAAUGAUGCCAGCAUAUCAGCAACAACAAUUAAAACAACAACAACAACAACAACAACAGCAGCAACUUCACGAACGAAGCAAACAAGAGUUGUUGUUUGGUAAACAAGCUUCUCAGUUCCCUUUUUCGGCAUAUCCGUUCUACUAUGGCGACAAACAUUUUGAUCCACAGCGCAAGGUACUAAACUUCAAACUCCCAUGAGUGACCGAGACAGAAUUUCUCCUCACAAUAUCAUUAUAACAUCAAGCAGACAAGUGAUGAGAAUGAGUAAAAAUAUCAAUUAGGGGAUUGUUAGUUGAUCCAAUACCAAAUUCUCCCAACUAACAUCAUGGGAAUUGUGUGGGAGACAGUAAGGAGAAUUACUUUUGAGAUCUUGGGAGUGAAAGGGUUGAUGCCAUGUUGCCUUUGCUUUUCUUUUUUAUUGUUCACGCUCCGUAGCUUUGUCCAUGCAGGAUUCAAGGGUCUUCGUCUUGAGAUUUUGAUUAAUUUUUUUGUUAAAUGCCAGUCACAAAAUGACCCCCUAACCCUUUGGUCCUUAGAAGUGACUAGCAUCUAAAUUCUCCAUACAGUAUCACCACUGAAUCAAACAUUAAGGUCAUGAGAAUAAAGGAAAUGAUCACCAACUGAAGAAGCUUUCGUUGUAAGACAAAUUCUCCUUAUCAGUAACAUAGGAAAAUAUAAAGAGAGUGGAGUGGAGAAUGUGGAUACUAAUGUUAGGGUGUCAGGGUAAACGCCUACUUUUUAAUGCUUUGAACGAGCCACAGUUUGGUUAAAACGUAACUCCAUUUUUUUUUGGGCUUGUUGACCCACAUAGAUUAAGAAGGCCUUGCUUUCAACCCAUUUUAAAACUGGUUCAAACCAGACCUUCCGCUCAAAGCCAGCUGUUACAACCUCGAAAUUAUUGUUAAGUAGGAGCGUGGCUGUAUUACCACUUUUGCUUCGUUCUAGUGAAAUACAGCUUGUGUUAAGGGUUUGCCUAAGGAAACACAUACUUGUUCCUUCGACAACGUUUAAGACACUCCUUUAAUAACACUCGUUGUUUUAUUACCCCUUGAGGAUGAAAGCCAAGAUGGAAAGUCUGGCAGCCAGCAGCAAAAAAUUCGAGACGUAAAACAGGAACAACCCGAAAGUCAAUCCAAAGAACCAGCUCCAAGACCGAAGCCUGAAAUCAUCGCACCUCAAGAACACGCGCCGCGCAGGCCUGCGUCCCGUGAGAGUGAAAGUCAUGUGAUCGGUCAGCAGCAGGAGACGUCCAAUCCGCGUGAAGAGAAAAAGAUUUACGACAGCCGCCAACUGAAAGAGGCCCACCAAAAGCUGACAGAGAAGUAUAGAGUGGUUCAAGAGCAAAUAGAUGCCCAGGUAAGAGUUUCUGUAAGGGUGCUUGGUCGCCAUAAAAUAAAAAGUGGUUGCGGAAAGGUUAAAAUUGACUUUUUUCGUAUAGGAAAGCAUUGCUGAUCACUGUCAGAAGAAAGCGGUGAAGCGUUUGCGCAUAUGACUAGGAUUCGCGGCCCUUUAUCUAGCAUUCUGGCUGUCAGAACUAAGUUGUCCUUUUGAGGCAGGUGUGAUUAGAACUUUCGCAAACCUAGAGUCGAAUUAGAAAAGAGGGGUGUCGGAGCGGGCCAGGGCUGGAGCCGGUUGUUAUCUCAUCUCUUGAUAAAUCAUUUCCGCAGGGACAGUUCGCCAAACAAAUUAAAGAUUACUUAUCACGCGACCCUUACGCUCAUUUUCCAUUUCCGCGAUCUCAGUCAUCGUUUCUCAGGGAUUAUCCAAAGGUUAACCUCACAGUUCCGGUGACUACCACUUCCUCUCGGACGCCGGAAGUAAACCGUGACAGCGCCUCUCCAAAAACCGUUUCCGCCGCCGUCACGUUGUCCAACUUGGAAAAAGGGCGCGGUGAAGAAUCCCAAUGGGCUGUAAGGGGCACACCCCCUAUAAAGACUGACCAGAACGGCGUUUUAGACCGCGUCAAAUCCCCCAGACCACACCCUUCCGCCGAGGCAGUCAUAACUAAGGAAAUAGGUAAGACUGUAAGACUUUGCAGUUUACUUUGCUCGUGGUUUAAGUUUUGAUUUGUGAAAGGUAAGUCUUCGUGGUAUAAUAUGAAGAUGUUUACUUUUUGAGGAAUUUAGUUCGGGAAGGGGGUCUGGUGAUCAGUUAUUGAAACCAGCCGUUGAUUCUUUCAUCUCCUUUUUAAUCUGUAGUGGAAACUCCACGAAGAUUAGAGGCGCAGCCCAACCUAGUGGGUGAGAGGAUUGUUUCGCGAGAAACCCGUGAAUUUUUUGCGGGACAGAUUCCCUCACAGUUUCCACAAAAGUUGAUGGCACAUGAAACUAUUUCAUCUGAACGGCUUGUGAACGAGAAACCCGACCUCGAUUCGGAAAGAGGGAGGUUGGAGGACUCAUAUAGGGCUCACGAUCGUGAACUUCCUGCAAGCUACAACGAGAUUACCCGCAAUUUCUCCAAGGAAGACAUGACAACACACCUGGAAACUCGCUUGUCGAGAAGGGAACACUCUCAAGGAGUUGACUCCUAUGAGGAGAUGAAUUCCUUUGCCAAAACAGAUUAUGAUCGAGGUGAUAGGGGACCGUACCUGACGGAAGUUACAUUUCGAGAAAGUUUGGACCCAUUGGAGGAUAAUAAGGGAAACCUUCGAGCACUGAUGACACGCGAGAAAAUAUCGCCUUCACGCCAACUUGAUAGCGAUUCUGAGUUUGAAGAUGACGACUUUAACACGAAGUGUGAACUUCGAAGAAUCGCUUCAUCUUUUGUUCCGCUUCAAACCGACAUCGAAAACAAAGAGAACUCCACGAUCUUCUCGCUAAGGCCGUUCAGAUCCGAAGCCGACCGGAAGAAGAUCCGAGAGAAUAUCGAUCGCCUUCGGUCCAUGGCAAAACGGCGGAACAGUAAGGACCGAAUUAUGGUGUUUAGUCGUCGGAAAGAUCUUCGGAGCCCUACGACGAUUUUGAACAGUGUGACGAGUGCCAUCAGUGAUGUAGCGGGGGUGGAAUCUGUGGAAAAAGAAAUGCGGAUGAAAUUAGCAGAGUUACAAAAGAAAUACAGGGAAAAAAUGAGAGAACUUGCCCGACUGCAACCCAAGUAUGGGUAUGUAUAUUGUAAUGGAUGAAUCCGCCAUAUAGGCCUUAUUUCAAAGAUAAUUCCGUCAGAACAUUUUUUACCCAGCCCUUUAUCUCUAAAGGUUUUCUCAUCAAUUCUCCGUUUUAACUGUGAUUCAGUUCUGUAGUAAAUCAGUUGCAAGCCUCGUAUUGAGAAUUCGUUUUUAUUUCAGUAAAUCGCCAGCUGGCUGAUAGGUUUUUUUCUAUUCUAAACGCCUGUUUUCGGGUGAUGUAUCGGUGUUGUAGAGAUAAAAACCGUUUAAAUCCUGUCUGGGAUUGAAAAAGGGAUAAUCUUUAUUUGGAUUUUAUCGUCUUUUCGAUGAAAAUGAUCCUUCAAAAGCCAAGUCAACCCACACUCGGGUUAAAUCGCCACGAGCUUUGAGUUUGCUUCACUAGAUUUGUUGAACAACCAGCGCACAAUGACUAUAAUUUGUGUGACAUUGCGUGACAAAAAGUGCUUCUGUAAGACUAGAGUUACUCAGUGCCACGCUCACUAUCGACUGAUUACGCACUGACCGUCUUCAUUGCCUUUCCGCCAGCCUCUUUGCAUUGCACUUGAACUGUUUACCUUCAUUACAGGGCAGAAGAUGGCAAAUCGACCCCAAUUAAAAGAGGCCCUGGAAGACCCCGGAAACGGAAGUACUUCGGCGCAGGUUCCAAAGGAGAUAAGUUGUCCCCAGUACCCACAGGUGGAUACAACAAAGAAGGCGAAGAGCACCAAUCAGUCAUUGAGGCCCACUCCCCCGAUAACGCUUGCCCAAGUGACACGGAGAGCCUGGUGUCUAAGGAAAGCGAGCCUCCUAAGAAGAAGAAGAAAAAAACUAAACAGAAGAGUUCGGCAGAACGGGACGGUCGCGGGUCAGCGCCACCUUCCCGCGGGUUAAGCCCAACAGAGUUUCCCGUAAGUCAGAUUAUGUUUUUAUAGUUGUUUUUUCUUUUUUCGCAAAUUUAAUUUUUUUCCGUUUUUUUUUUGUUUUCGUUUUUGUUUCAGGAUUUUCCGGCACCUACUGGAAAGAAAAAGAAAUCUCGCAAGCCAGCUGCUGCGGAUGAAGAGGUAAGGCAAUGAAUGCCGCUCUCUGCAUUGAAAAAAGAUGUUUAGCAUUAUCGUCACAGCCUGUUCCAGACAUUCAGGCGGUAAAAUUAAGCGCGAUGUAACUGCUUGGCCGUGGAAGGUCUGGGUGCGAGACUAGUUUACACGACCUGAUCCAAACCUCCUUCAUUUUCGCCUCGCUGUCAUAUUUCGCUCCGUUUAACCAACUGAUCGCCUGGGACAGAGUCGCCUUGUGAUGAUUCGAAUCCAGGCGCUCUUUCAAAUUUAGCAGUUUCACGCUCUACAAAGUGAGCUUCAAAGAAGUUGAGGCUGAACUAGACUAUGUAAGUGGUUCCUAUAUGAUAGGCUUUGUGUGUAAUGCUAAGAUCAGCGAAAUAAGGACUACAAAUUUCUACUAAACCGCAGUAAGGAUAAAGUGGAUUUUAUACUUCCUUACAGCCUGACCUAAUGCUUCCCAAGAACAAGUCUGCUAACCUGAAGAAGAAAGAAUCUGGAGCAGGGAAGCGACGUAAAGGAUCGCCAACGAACGAUACCGUCAACCAAAAGAGUGUUUCACAACUAUCAAACGGUAAAUUGCGUUCUUUUUGCCUACUCCUUUGUUUUUGCCUUUUGUGCUCGAGACUUGUGUGGCACCACCCUUAGUAAGAAAUUCCAUCUGAUGAAGUGGCUUGCGUGAGAUUCUGGAGCAUUAUGGGUGGCUGUUAUUGGUGCACGAGUAUCAGCCAAACUGAGAGAACACACGAUUCUUACUCGAGCACAUCAGUUUGCACUUUUUCUGGCGUUUGUCUCAAAAAAGAUUACUUCUGGAUGAAUCUCUCAUUUUUUAUUUAAAAAAUAAACCUUUCAUUUUUCGUAGCUGCUGGUGUACCCUCCCCCAAAGAACUUGACCAUAGCGCCGAUUUUACAGAACCAAAGACUCUAACCAAAAACACGAAGGCCAAGAAACCAAAGCCGAAGAAACGAGCGAGACCGAAGCUUACCAUCGAGACUCCCGAAGUCUACGAAGACGAUCGAACUGAAGAGGAGUUACCGCCCGACAGUGCGGACACACCGUGCGAAACUCCGGGUGGUCCUUCACCGAACAAGGGCAAGAAGAGCAGGGGUGCAAAAAAGAAACGAAAAUCUACCAUAACUACUCCUCCCAAAACAAAAUUUGAGUUCCCGGAUGUGACGUCACAAGAUGAAAGCUUCUCCGAGAAUAGUAGUGUAUCUCCAAACGAUAUUGCGAAAGAAGUUGCUGCCAUAGCCGCCAGGAAGCAGUUGGAAACAGCACAGAAGAACAACAAGGAGGCGUCUAGUGAUGUUGAUGACGAAGUUUUUGCGUCAAAUCACGAUGAACGGGACGGUUUGAGUUUGCUGGCGUUUGCAAGCGUCGAUAAAACGGCGAAAAGAAGACGAUCUGACGCUCCGUCUCCUUCUGAAGACUCGUCGCUAAAGAAGAGAGGAAGGCCUAAGAAGCCUUCUGAGUCACCGACCUUCGAUUCAGGUAAAGGUGGCUACAAAUUUAACCGCCAGCUUCCUCACAUUGGUAUGCAUAUUCAACAUACUACAUUUGUGAUGGCACCGACAAGGAGAAUUUGUCAAAAAAUAUAUAUUCUCGUACCUCUUUUAUUCAUAAGUCUCCAUAAAACGAACAAAACCAGGAGUGAGAAAAAAAAUUGUAAAUAAACGGGUUAAGUAGCAAACAAAGACUUAAUAGUUUAAUUUUGAUGCCCACGCACUCUACCUUUUGGCCUCAAAGCAAGUCUCGUUCGUGAUGAACUCCCAUAAUUGAACUAAAUUGAUUUUACAAUGUCGCUUGGUGGAGUUUAUCUUACGUUGUAAGCGAUUUGUCAAGUCGCAUCACUCCCUUAGUCAGGGCUCCUAUUGAUCGCUGGCUGCCUUCGAGCGCCUGGAACGACCACUCUGAGCCGGCUGUAAGAUUUAAUAAAGGCGUCUCUGUGUCGGACGGAACUCUGCUCUUGCAUUAACAGUUAUUUUACGGUUUUGUUUCAGAAGCUCCUGUAACGCCGAAGAAAAAGAAAAAGAAGAAGAUAGCAGUUGAUCAGGUGACGUGUAUUUUCUUGACUAACUGCCUUGUAUUCCUUUAACCCUUCAUACGUUAACUUCAGUAUCCAUAUUCUCCAUACUGCUCUCAUACAUAUCCUUAGGUGUUGACAAGGAGAAUUUGUUUAACAAUCGAGAGCUUUUCUAAUUGGUGAUCAUUUCCUUCAUUCUCGUGACCCUAAUGUUUAAAUCAGGGGUGAUAUUGUAAGGAGAAAUUAGCAAGCUAUCAGUUCUCCUCUCACUUCAGCAAGAACUCUUGUUAUCGCGAACAAGGACGUUUGUUGUUGAUCUCUGUGAUUGUUAUUGUCCAGUAGCUCUUUCAUCAAGGUUAUGUGACCAUUUACCCUCUAACAUUGAUUAGGAUCUAAUUUCUCCCAUCGACAUCACCCCCGAAUCAAGGUGAUGGAGAUCACGAGAAUUAAAAAAUAGAUCACCAGCUGAAGGAGCUUUCGUUGUAAACCUGUUGUUAGACAAAUUCUCCUGGUCAGCACCCUAGGAAAUGUAUUGAGAACAGUAUGGAGAAUAUGCAUACUGAUGUUUGAAUGUAAAGGGUUAAGCUGUAGAUUUAUUGGGUAGGCGUCGUAGCUUUCGCUCGUUGUUUGCAUGUUUUGGAUUUAUUCGAAUUUAAUUCUCCUGUUUCUCAGAUUUGUUUUGAUUCUCGCCUUGCACGAUUAGGAUGUGUUGGUUUCUAGGUUCUUAUUUGAAGGGAAUUGGGAAAUAUUUGUGGCUUUAGUAAUCCAUUACUUGGCUUAGUUAUUGUGUUAAGUUCUUGGGCGUAGCUCUCUCCUCUUACAGUGUCUCUCUCUAUCCAGGAGUGUCAAUGAGUUUAGGGGAAUUAUCUGGUGAACUGUUAGGGGUAACAGUGCGAUAGACUAGCAUCCCCCCCAUGCAAGGGGUAGUAGUAAUAUUCCAGGUCGCUUCACGCUAUGGAAGCUGGCAUAAGCUCUGGCUGGGUGGGACACUAAGCUUGUUUAUAGAUUUCUUUUUAUGCUCAUUUAAAAUUUUGAGUCCACAUUUGUCUCAUUUGCUAACGGCCUCUUUUAGGUCCAUCGUUUCACCUUUCAGUUUUAAUAAUUCUUUAAACUGUUGUGAUGUCAUUUAGGAAUCCACAAAAGAGCUUAAAAAGAAAAAGAAGAAGAAGAAGAAAGAUACUUUGCCAAAAGAGGAAAGCUUCGAAGAGAAACUUGAAGAACAGCCUCAAGAUGAACAAAUUGAAUCCUACGAACCACAGGACGAGUUUGAGAAGAAGCUGCCAGAAUCUUCCUCGGCGGCCAUGGACAGUGAGCAGGAUGAAGAAGUGUUCGGAUCGACCACCGAAAUAAGCAAAGAAGCUAGGACAGCCAUGCUGGACUCCAGUCCCCCCAGGGAAGGCGAUGACGUCAAAGGAAGCACACCACCGUUUGUCAGCGACAGUUGGCAGCCGAGAAGGAGUGAGAGAAUUUUUAUCAACAGCAGCGUGACCACCAACUCUAGUUCCAGUCCUUUAUCACCCGUUGGAAAAGGAAGUGAGUUUUCCUACGCAAAGAAAGUGAAGAAAACGUCUGGAAUUAAAGGAGUAAGUAACCGAUGCGGAUUUAGCUUUCAGUGUUGGGCUUGGGAGCUUUUUUUGUUUGUUUGUUUUUUGUUAAUUAGUUUUUCGGGAUCGCUCUCAACCAAACUUGGAGAAAUUAUUUUCACUAAUAUCUAAGUGUCCAUCUUUUGAUCCUUUAGAAAACCAGCCGGUCAGGAUCUCAGGGCGAGGAGGAACUGGGAGAGAACGACGUCACACAAAAAUCGAAGACCAAGACGAAAAAGAAGAAAGGGCCUGGGAAAGGCAAGAAACGGAGUUCUUCAAUGACAGCCGACUUUGAAGAUUACGAACCUCUGAAAGUAUCCAGGAGAGCGCGCUCCAAGGCGAGGCAAACGGUAAAAUACUCGAUCCCCUCUUCAUUGUGUGUAAUACUUUACUAAUACUAAUUUGGCUCGUUUUCUUUCUUCGGAACUACCUUUGGGAUUUAUUGUAAUUUUUGCUUUCUAACUCUCGACGGGAGAGCUUUCCUUUCUUCGUGAGUGUUAAAUCUUUCCUCUGAGUUCUGUGUUGACUUGUUAUCUCAAUCUUCGCUGAACUCGAGUUUCAGGAUAGCACGGGUUUUGAUUACUUUUUCUGUAAGCGACUUCCGAUGGGGAGAUAGGCGGCUUUGCCGUAAGGCGAAACCCAAACAUGAGAGGCUGCUCGCAGGCUCAACAGACGAUGGUAAGAGGUCCCUAAGGUGACGGUAGACCGCUGGUAACUGGCUUUGUAUAAACUCUAGGGAUGGGCCGUGUUAAGGUCUAGUUCCUGGGCGUGGACUCAAGUCAGUGUAGCACCUCAGUGUUACCCUGGAUGUCUUUAACUUUCAUGGUGUCCCAAGGCUUCAACCCUUUCUCGGUGCAAGACUUUUAAGUACACUUGGGACAUCUAGAAUCUCUGGUAUCCUAAGGAGAUUUGAGAAAAUGCGACUGAAUUUCACUUACUAUUCGUUUCCUAUUGUUUGUGGAAAGGGCUUUUCUGAACAGUCUCGAUUUUUUCUUACAGUACGAUUUCGAUGACGGUGACGAGGAGGAGGGUGAUGAUCUUCCAGAAGAUGAGGAAACACAGGAGGAAGGUGAAACUGACAUAGAGAUCAGCGUGACUGACAAGGUGUCAACGGAAGAGAGAGCUGACAGUCUGCAGGUUGCCCAUGUCGAAAACGCAGGGGACGGGAAGCCAAAAGUACAAGAGGAAAGAAUGGAAACGGAUGAGAACAACGAUGACGAAUUAGAUGCGGAGAUGAAAGAAGACCAAGAGGCUGAAGAGGGGAAUUCUUGGAAGGAAAAUAAACAUGGCGAAGUUGUCGACAAGACCGAAGAGAAAGAGAGAGUUGAGGUUAGUAGAAACGUUGCAGAUGUCGUCAAAUCUUUGUAAAUUCAGCUGGCUGGUGUUUUAAUGAAUAGGAGGGCGUUUUCCAGAAUUUAGUAUCAGUUUUUGUCAAAAUGACAGCUGAUGAUGAGCAUUUCUUUAAGUACCCAAGGCUUUACUUAACUAUCCUAUGAAAUAAUGAGAAAAACUCUCCAGAAUGAGUUCGUGAAAAGCAAACAAAUGAUUGGAGAGAAAUUCACGUCACAUGUAAUGCGUACUACAUUGUCACCAUCGUAAGAAACUUCUUCGAUCGUGAAAAAAAACCAGUUAUAAUUUCAUUUUUCGGCGCUGUCAUUUGGCAUUUGAUUGUAUAGAGAGAGCGCUUUUCGAUUGAGCGUCAUAAAACCAAAAUCAGAGUUAUCGCAACAGCCAAUCAAAAGAAUGGAAAAUACCUAUAGAAACCAAUGAGAAGCCAAACAAGAACCCAAGCCAACUGCCCAAAGCGCGGGAAAACGCGGGUUACCAAGUCGUAAUUGUUUUGAGUCAGUUUUGCAUCUGAUUCGCUGAGAAAGUGGUGCGAGUAUUUCUUGGACCAAUCAAACGGCGAAGAAAAGUAUAACCAAUACAAUCCCGGAUUGUUUUUGAAUCUUAAUUGAGAAGGGUUCUAAAAUGCAAUAUUAGUAAACGUUCGAUUCACGUCAGUCGUGGCAGUUGUACCUUAAGCGGAUGUCUCAGUUUGAAGUCAUUUCUUUUACUUGAUAUCUUAUACAGGAAGUGGUCAAGGAUAACGAAGACAAGGAAUUGGAAGAAACCACUCUUCUCGAACGGCCCAUAUUACCAGGUUUGUUGCUUGAUAUUUAUCGUUUGUUUUUUAAUUCUGAGUUUGACGAUGAUGGAGUUGCUUUUUAUCUUUAACAAAAAACCUAAUGAAACCGAACUUGUGAUAUCAAGCUCUUGAAUAAUCUACGAUGUGAUAUACUUCACACAGAAACUGCAUAGACGUAUCAGCUUAGUUUCUAAAGAAAUUUAUGCGGAAGUUUAAAUCUUUCUUACUUUCUUUCUUUCUUUCCCAUCGUAGCUGACGAGCGUUUCACGUUUUUGGUCGACGAAUUAGUAGAAGGAACGAAGUUGUUACUUCCUGUGGACUUUAAGUUCUAUCCCGGACGCAUUAGUACUUUCAACGAACCUGACUUGUAAGUAUGACAUGAUUUGGAAUGUUUUGGACGUCAAUUCUUCGUAGCCUCUUCUUCGUGCACUCUCGUCCAUUUCACGAGAGUCCUUGGGAAAUCAUCAGGAGUUUCUGGAAAUUGGCGUAUAAUUGUCGGCAAAUGUCUGAAGUCGAGAUAUCUUCGGUCAUUUUCAGAGGUCAUGGAACGUCUUCAGGGAAUCAGGGCAAAUUGAAGAGAAAGAAAAUGUAGGCUCAAGACUUAAAAGAUGUUGCCAAACUGAGGAGGAUAGAACUUAGCUAGGAACAACACUCUGAGAAUUUUUAUCUUGAAUCCUAACCUUAGCUCCGGACGAUGUAGCAGAAAGGGUUAAAAAAAAAGAUCCUAAACUGACGGUAUCGUUGUAUUUUCAGAUUCGGAGUAAUUCUUGAUGGUGAAAGGGGCAGAAGACCUCACUGGAGAUCAACGGAACAACUCCUUCUAGAGGCGGUAAGGAUGUAGAAUAAUCACUGUGAAUCAUGCUUUAAUCUGUGGAAAGAUUCCCUCUUAAAGUGACUUCCGUUGACGAAGAACGGUUUCUGGCGUCCAAUAUGCGUAAGGUGUCCAUGAUGUAACGAGCUUUGGAUUGUCCCCCAUGUUUCCCCGUGAAACCCUACACUUCUUUUCGGUUUUGGUUGGGAUGAUUUAUCCCUUAUCUUUAGUAGCGCGGUAUCAAUGAUUACGGGAUUUCCGCAAGGCGAUAGUUAACCUUACCCCCAUGAUUGGCCAAGACAGAAUUUCUCCUCAUAAUAUAAAUGCAACAUCAAGCAGACAAACGAUGAGAAUAAAGAAAAAUAUCAAUUAGGGGAUUUUAAGUUGACCCAAUACCAAAUUCACAGAACUAACAUUAUAAGAAUUGUAUGGUAGACAGUAACGUAAUUGUCUAGUGAGAUCUGGAGGUGAAAGGGUCACGUGACCUUUGACUCCUCUCGUAACAGGUCAAGGACAUUCAACCACCCGGCGCUGAGUUUCUGUCCAUUGGCACCCGAGUAUGUGCUCACUGGAGUCCGCAGUAUCGCUGCUUCUAUCCUGGAACUGUCACCGAAGGUAAUUGACUCACUCAGAGACUUUUUAAAAACGCACGUAGUGAAUUUUAGGUUAGCGUUGUUUCAUAUCUAAAAAAACUUGAACUGUUUCAGCUUAAAAAAAGCUGAGGACGUCUGAAUUUACCCGGCAUCGAAAAGCGUGCUUCGCAAAUCGAACACCUAGCACAAAAACAUCCCUCUUAGAUGAAGAUAUCAUUAAGAUAAUCAAUUUGUAUCAAAAGUUUUUCGGUUCACCUCCCGCUCACUUUUGUCUGUUUGUUGUUGUUCAGCUCCACCAGAUGAGAAGGAAGUGGAUGGUAAAAUCUGGAUUGAAUUCGACGAUGGGGACAGUGGUUUCUUUCAGUUGAAUGAAAUUAAAAUGAUACGUUCUGAUUUUCCUGUUGAAGGUGAGGUCGACCUUCCGAUCUUUUAGUUAAAUAGAAUGUACUCCCUUUUAUAUCUAGCCAUUGCUUUGCUUCCUUCAGAAGUGGUUCCUGCUCCCCCUCAGCCAGAGAAGAGGCCUCGAUCCAGUUCCCUGGGAGCAGCCCAGGCCAUGGCAUUAAAAGAUACCUCUUCCAGAAGGCUGAAAGCUGAAGAGAAUACUUCUGAGUUUUCAUCUGGGAACGAAAGUUCAGGUGAGGUGUAUGCGAAGCGACGGAGAUUGAGAGGAAAACGAAAGAGUAAAGAUGAUUCGUGGCUUGUUUCAAAACGUUCAGAAAACAACGCUGUCGCCAAGGAAAGUGGUGCAACUAGAGGAGGCUCGUUUAAAGGAAGAACGAAAGAUCUCGAAAAGUCUGACUCUGAGAUCGUUGGGUCCGCUUCAAAAGUGAAAGAUAACAGCCAAAGUGGAGGAGACUCUAAAGAGAGUAAAGUUGCGGAUGCAUUAAAACAGAAGGUAAAUAGAACGCGCGGAAAAACAGAAACGAAAGGGGAGAGUAAGGAAGCGGCCAAAACUGCGGAGAGCACCAAAAACGACUUAGCAAGCGUUGCCUCGGCGGAACUGAAGGAAUCAGAGAAAGAGAUACACUCGAGCCACUCUUCUCUCAAAGCGGAGGGAUAUGAAAAUAACACCAAACAGUCAGCUGAUAAAAUGGCAGAUAACACAGCGGAGUCUUCUGAUCAAGGUGAGGACAGCGAGGCUGCAUCGGAUGCAGAAACUUCCAAACAAGAAAAGGGAUCUCGCGCUGGAGCCAAAGGCUCUUCAAGGACCUCUGAAAUGGACCUCAGAAAGAGGUCCCUUAAUUUGAGCCUUAACAGCUCGUUCCGCUCUUCACGGACUGAAGGGGAAAGCCCGACGCGUGAUGCUCUGCUCACAUCACAAGACGAGGAUAGUGAAUCUUACAGUGACACGUUCGAUGAGAGUCCCCUAGUGGAAAAUAAACCUUUUCAGGUGAGCAAACCACGGCUUAUUCCCUGUAUGGAGCUAAAAAAUCCAUCUUUAAACCUUUUGAGAGAGUUCUUUCCUCUAAGAGCUAGAAGUAGCCACCUCUAUCAACCUCUUUCUCGCCGCACGCAAUUGCUUCACAGCACUCUGUGAACGCGCUCUGUGAAAACUGACACCACCUUCUUAGCCAAUCAAACGAAAACCAAAACCAAUCGAGAGUUGAUCCUUAACCCUUUACAUCCUAAGAUCAGUAUUCAGUUUCUCCUUACUGUUCUCUGGACAUUAACCAAUGUGUUGACAAGGAGAAUUUGUCUAACAAUCAAGAAUUUCUUUAGUUUGUGAUCAUUUCCCUUAUUCUCAUGACAUUCAUGUUUGAUUCAGUGGUGAUAUUGUAAGGAGAAACUUGAUGCUGGUCACUCUUAGGGGUUAAAGAGUUAAUCUUCGUGCACGUAAGACCAUAAGGCCGUCUCUAGGCUUCUCGUGACAUUUUCAUUAUCUACUUUGGAUUCGCCAUUAGAUUACUUUUGAAAGUAAUCCGCAAUUGCUUAGGUUCUGCUUUACGUCGAUCUGAAACCAAACACGACUUGGUCACUGUUGUUUUCCCGCGCUUUAAGAAGUUUGGUUAGUUUUACUCUGCCUAUCAUUGGUUCUUCACGGUAUUUUCCUUUCUUCCAAUUGGUCGUUGUGAUAACUUUGGGUUUGGUUUUACGACGCUCAAUUGAAAAGCUCUCUAUGUCACCUAAUCGAGAAAAACUCCAAAAAAAAAAUUACAUUGAAAAAAUAUACCCGACAAGAAUAACUGUUAAAUAACUGGCUAUUAAUGUUAAAGGUUUUUUUUUUUAACUUCCUGUUGCAUUUUAGCCUCGGCUUGGAAGACGACGUCGUUCGGAACUGGAUCGUCUGCAAGUAGAUAUGAAAUUUUCAGGUAUUCAACAUUUCAAUUGUAUUCAAUUCACUUAUAUAGUCAUUUAUUCGUGGAAGUAAAUCUUGAGAAGAAGUGGGCUAACGGUAAUGUUUUUUUUUUGUCUUAGGGCCUUUGUGGCAGUGGUCGGGACGAGGUUCCCAGAACAAACGAAAAGGGAAAGGAAAGAAAACCUUCUACAAGGCCAUUGCGAGAGGAGACGAAACAAUUUGUGUAAGUGACACUGCUAGUCUGUUUAUUUGAAGGACUGGAUCAACUUUAAAUUCAGCAUUUGAUGUUUGUCUGUUCAUUCGUAGCGAUUUACACCAGCGUCAUAUGUCUGAUUAGACCUACUACUUGUUCUUCAGGUUAAUGAUUGUGCGGUUUUCAUGUCCAACCCAACCAAGAACCUCAAUCUACCGUAUGUUGGCAAAAUCGAAAACAUGUGGGAAGGGUGUGGCGGGAACAUGGUAGUCAGAGUCAAGUGGUUUUAUCAUCCUGAGGAAACGAAACCAGGCAGGAGACCUAAUGAUGGAAAAGUAAGCACUGCACUGCUAUUUAACACCAGGCUGAAUCUUACACGCACUUUGAUAGGUUAUUUUUUUUACGAUUUAUGGAAGGACAGAGGCAUGGAUGGCGUCUCAAACUUUUUACUUCUUUUACCUUACACAAAACAGAUCACAGGUGACAUUUUGUAUUUGAUUGGCUGGAAGAGUGAUGCGAAUUUUUUAGACCAAUCACAGAGCGUAGGAGGGCAGUUUUCAACCGAGUGUCGAAAGCAACCCAGGAUUACGUUGGGUUUGUUCUAGUUGGCUCUAGAAAAUUCGCGCCAUAUUCUCAACUAAUCCGAUGCAAUCGCGACUCGGUCUCUCUCUUUUUCCCGCGUUUUAAGUAGUUUGUCUGUUUUUGCUUUGGGUUCUCAUUGUUGUUUUAAACAUUUACUCUGUUUAGCCGUAGCAAUAUAAAAAAAAACCCCGCUCCAUUCUAAAAACAGUGGAUUACUCUCGACUCUCGAAAAUGAAAAUUAUUGUUUAUCCUCCCCUGUUUGCAGCAAUCUUUGUACCGCUCGACCCACGUGGACGAAAAUGACGUACAGACGAUCUCACACAAAUGUGAAGUGCUCACUCCUGAAGAAUUCAAAAGACGUUCUCAGAGCCUUGAUACGCCCGGUACCAGGACAUCUCUGACAGAUCGCGUGUUCUGCUGUAUCGGCAGCUACGAUCCUAACACCGAGACAUUGCAGGCGGAACUGUGAUGUACUGUUGUAGAAUCCAGUGUGACGUUAGCCUAAGACUGUGAUGUCUGGAGUGUAGCGGGAUGCGGAAUGCGGAAUGCGUUGUGUUUUCCACGCGAUGUUAUCUUUCGUUGCGUUCAGAAUGAAAUUCUCAUGCUGCGAUCGGUUGUUAUUCUGGUUGCUGUUGGCCAAUCAGAGGCGCUCCCAAUUCUCAAGAGGUAAAAGACCACGAAGCGCCAAAGCAAAUUGUCUUAGUUGAUGGAAAAAUAGUCAGUAAAGUUAAUGAACAAAUCAUCACUUCUCUAUCCAAGUGGUGGUAGUUAUUCUGUCUUUGGUAGGGCCAUCGUUUCCACUAGGUUAAAACAUUCAAAUGAAGACUAGAGAAUGAACAGUUGUUACUGACAAUAGAUAUUGGAUCUGCAUCAAAAUCGUACAUCUCAAGCGAGGAGAAGAAGAAAGUGUGAUAAUUGCCUCGUUUACCCUUUUUAAACUUACCCUCUCAUUACAGACUUAAACGACGACACUGGUGAAUGUUCAUCAGUCCAAAGUGGUGUUUUAUUUCCUUGUGGUAAUCACGUUGAGAGAUAUUUCUUGUUUACGCUAUGACGGAACGAUAAAAGCACAGCUCAUAACGUCCUUAAUUUAAUCCUCCAUCGCCUUUAAACCGGGCAAUCCUCCAGCCUUAAAACUUAAAGCGAAGUGCAUAAAUUGUUUGCGAAGAAAUCGCACGUGUUUCCUCGCGUGGGAUUCUUAGAGAAGUACACGAAAUUCGUGUUUUGCGUCAUUUCGCUUGAAGCGAUUUUAUCUUGUGUUCACGCUGUCAUCUUAAUUCAUAUUAGCUCCUAAUCUUGCUUAUUUCCGAUACGUACUCAAACGCAGACGAAAUGACUAGAAUUCUCCUCUCUUCUAAUGGAGAUUUAAAUUCAUAUUGUGUGCAAAAAAAUAACUAAAAUAUUUUUUUAUAAGGAAAGUGUGGAGCUAGCAGCCAGCCGGCUGGUAAUGUUGAAUUUGUAAUGUAGGUUAACUGUAAGAAAAGAGUUCAUGUUUGUAAAUAUGUGUACAGUCCACUUCUUAAAGUAUGCUUUUGUAACAUAACUCCCAUGCUCGUACGGCCAAAUCUCUCGUUUAUAUUAUAUAGAGAAAAUAUAAUGAAUAUUUAGUUUUAGAAUGAAAAAUAAAGUUUUAGAUUUUCU